CCUCUUUUCUUCAUUUUGUUUCCUGUAGUAAGUGAGCCCGUCUGGCCUCCCUACCGUGCGUUUUGUCUUAUUCGCAACCCGCAGCCCUUGCUUGUGAUUCAGUUCUAGUUGCCACUGCAGACCACCGCCCUUCCCUGAAUUGGUGGUUUCCAGCCCAAUCAAACCGCCGUUUCUGCAUCAACCAAUUCUUCCCGCCCAAUUUCCCUGGUUACCAUAGGACCAUGCCGCUUUGCCCUGAAGCCCUUGAAUGAACAUUCUGCCUUGGUAAAUUUGACACAAAUAUUCUCCAUACAACUUCUUCGCCGGUUUACUGCUUCGCUUCGAGGAGCAGGUAUGCGGCCAAUUGAGAUUGAUUACCUUCUAUUCCCAUUGGUUCUAGCGAUCUCGUCCACGGAACGGCACCCGUUAUGUCAAGCCAUCUAGCCGGUCUCCGACGUACGCAGACGGAUCUCACAGACGAAACCUCGAGUCCACUCCGCCAUGGAUCCACGGCAUCUACGAGCUCGUCCAUCUACACCGUCUCUACAAACCCAUUCGCCCCAAGUCGCACCAGUACCGUCUCCUCGAGCGCAUCCAUUGGGUCCAUGCCCAGUAUUGGUCAUAAACGGGGGAAGAGCGAACUGAAUAAGGUGCCGACCGACAAAAUGGCUGGAGGGCGCUCGGAACCGGGAAGUUGGUCCAACGCGGGCGCAACAUACGAGAAUAUCCGCCGCUCAUUGCGACCGCUCUCCCAAGCACCCAAUGCAUCUCCUCCCUCGAAUAAACAAUCUAUUUACCGCCAUGGCCGCAGUCAGACUGUCGACCAUCCCCAGUACUGGAAGGAAAAUCGCCCACAAACACCCACCUCUCGUCACACAUUCCAUCAUGACACCGAAGAACUGAAACAUACGGACUCUCCAGCCACGGUAACACCUACCAAAAGCGAAGCGACUCUCGAUAUGCAACCACACACUGUCUCACCACAUGCACGGCCUCAGAUGAAAGUGCAACAUUCGCAUAGCUUGUCCAAUCCUUCACCAAUCACCCACACCCUAUCGGCACCUGAACUUGAGACGUUUCAGAAAUCCUCCACAGGCCAUCUUCGAACACUUUCCAAAUUUGCGAAAUCGGGAGAAACGGAUGGAUUUGGCCUUGACACAUACAGCCCCUCUGUGGUCGGAUUACAAGGACGACGUCGCUUGAAAAGAGCAGAUUCGGUAGCCAAAAACGAUGGCUCCAGUGGUGUGCGCAAGAAGCCCGCAUCGGCGUGGGCAGCAGGAAACUGGAUGGAAAAGCAGCGACAGUUUCUGCAAGCCUACGAGUACUUGUGCCAUAUCGGAGAAGCCAAGGAGUGGAUCGAGGAAAUUAUACAGAAACAAAUCCCUCCCAUCGUACAAUUAGAGGAAGCUCUUCGCGAUGGUGUAACGCUUGCAGAAGUGGUACAAGCGAUGAACCCAAAGCGCACGUUUCGGAUUUUCAGACAUCCCAAGCUUCAAUAUCGACAUUCCGAUAACAUCGCCCUCUUUUUCCGGUUUUUGGACGACGUGGAACUGCCCGAGCUCUUCAGAUUCGAGCUCAUUGAUCUGUACGAGAAGAAGAACAUACCUAAAGUUAUUCAUUGCGUUCAUGCUCUGUCAUGGCUACUGUUCAAGAAAGGUCUUGUCGAGUUUCGCAUGGGAAAUCUCGUAGGCCAGCUUGAGUUCGAACACCAUGAGCUGGAGCAGACACAGAAGGGGCUCGAUAAGGCUGGUGUCAGUAUGCCUAGCUUUUCGGGGAUGGCUGCGAAUUUCGGAGCAGAACCUGAGCCAGAACCUGAGCCUGAGCCGGAAUCUGAAGAGGAAAGAAUACAGCGCGAACUGCAGGAGAGUGAAGCGUCAAUCGCUGAUUUCCAAGCCCAGAUUAGAGGAGCAAUGACGCGCCUGCAGCUGGGCAAUUUGAUGCAUGAUCUCUGGGAUUUCGAGCCUUUCUUAGUGGAGUUGCAAUCCCGGAUUCGUGGUGACUGGGCCCGUCAGAUCAUUCAGUAUCGCUUGGACAUGAAGGCGUUUGCCACUAAUCUUCAAGCGCUUUGCCGGGCAUUCAUCGUGCGGAGCCGCCAAAAAGAUGCAGCGCUGAGAGGUGCCUUGCAACGCAAGACUGUAUCUGAGCUGUGUGAAAAUACAAGACGCGCAGACAACGAAGUUUGUCUACUACAAGCUGCUAUCCGAGGAGCUUUGCAACGGAACCAUGUCUCGCAGCAAUACGAAACAGCACACUCUGCCGAGGAUAGUAUCGCGACACUCCAAGCAUAUAUCAGAGGCGCUCUGCAACGCAGCCUAGUCUCACAGCAACUCGAAGCCGUACGCUCCGCUGAAGAGGGUAUCACAGCACUCCAAGCACAUAUUAGGGGUGCUCUACAACGCAACAAAUUCUCUGAGCAGUACGAAGCGACGCGGUCGGCGGAGGCUGAAGUCAUAACACUCCAGGCUAUUAUCAGAGCCGGCCUCUUACGGCAGCAGAUGAAUACGCAGCACGCCGAGAUCAAUGGUACCGAACCCACCACGAUAUCUUUACAAGGAGCAAUCCGCGGUAUGAUGGCAAGGAAGUCUAUCGCUCACAUAAAGGAUGCACUUGCCUUCGAAACACCAGCCAUCACCUUCAUUCAAUCCAUUGCUCGAGGCCAUGCAUUGAGAGAGUAUCAGCAGGAGCAGGCAGCGGCACUCGCAGAGACGACUGAAGCGUGCAUAUCACUUCAGGCAAUGGCUCGUGGUGGUGCAUUGAGAGCAACCCUCGAGCAGCUCCGGCAGGACCUGAAUGAACAUGACCAGGCGGCAAACGACCUCCAGAGCAUAGUGAGAGGGAAUGUGGUUCGGUCUGGAAUUAGGUCACAAAAAGCAGCUUUGGCAGAUGCAGAGGCGUCCAUUCUAGAAUUGCAAUCUAUGGGCCGAGGGGCAAUCCUCAGAAGACGGUUGGCGGCUGAUGCCGAGGCCUUGCAACACGAAGCACUGGUGAUAACCAAUCUUCAGGCCCUCGCUCGUGCUGCGGUUCUUAGGAUCAAGGUCGGCGCCGAUCUAGACGAGCUUGAAGACUGCGAGGAUGAAGUCAGUCAGCUGCAGGCACAGAUCAGAGCGAUGCUGAUCCGCGUUGAAGUUGGCCAAAUGCUGGCAGAUCUUGCUGCUGAGGAAGACAUAGUCAUGGAACUGCAAUCACACAUACGUGGAUACCUUGUCCGCUCGAAGUUCGAAGAGAAACGCCAGUACUACCGACAGAACAUGGAAAAGGUGAUCAAGGCGCAAAGUUAUGUGCGAGGAAGAAUACAGGGUCAAGCAUACAAGAGUCUUACAACUGGAAAAAAUCCCCCAGUGGGAACCGUUAAGGGCUUUGUACAUCUAUUGAACGACAGUGAAUUUGACUUCGACGAGGAGAUCGAGUUUGAACGGACCAGAAAGUUGGUGGUUCAGCAAGUCCGACAAAAUGAGCUCGCGGAACAGUACAUCAGUCAGCUCGACAUCAAAAUUGCUCUUCUGGUGAAGAACAAGAUCACCCUCGAUGAAGUCGUCAAGCACCAAAAGCACUUCGGUGGUCACGUCGGCAGCCUACUGCCAAAUAGAGAAAUUUCCUCCAAAGAUCCUUUCGACCUCAAGGCCCUGAACAAGACGUCAAGGAGAAAGUUGGAACAAUAUCAAGUAUUCUUCUUCCUUCUCCAGACCCAAUCGCAGUAUUUGGCCAAGCUCUUUCGGCGUCUGCGCGAGCUCAACACGCCCGAGAAGGAAUAUGAGCGGAUUAGACACUUGAUGAUGGGGCUUUUCGGCUACUCGCAGAAGAGGAGAGAGGAAUACUACUUGAUCAAGCUGCUCGCUCGCUCCGCUCGGGAAGAGAUUGAAAGCUUCGACUCUUUGCAUGAAUAUUUGCGCUGCAAUGCGUUCUGGAACAAGCUCUUUGCAUCGUACAUCAAAUCGCCCCGAGACCGCAAGUUCAUGCGGGAUACCUUGGGCCCUGUUGUGCGAGAGAACAUCAUCGAGAAUCCGGAGUUGGACUUGGAAAGUGAUCCUAUCCAGAUUUAUCGCUCGGCCAUUAACAAUGAGGAGCUUCGCACCGGACAGCGAAGCAGGCGCCGGCCCGAUAUCCCACGAGAAGAGGCAAUCAGAGACCCAGAGACUAGGGCUACCUUUAUCCAGAACCUUCAGGACCUUCGCGAUAUCGCCGAUCAAUUCUUCUCUGCCUUUGAGGAGCUACUGUACAGAAUGCCUUUCGGUAUCCGAUACAUUGCCAAAGAGAUGUAUGAGAGUUUGCUCUCAAAGUUCCCCAGAGAAGAUCCUGGAUUUAUACUCCAGACCGUUGGCCACUGGGUGUGGAAGAACUAUUUCCAGCCUGCUGUCUUCGAACCCGAAAAGUACGGUGUGGUAGAUCGAGGGUUGACUCAGGAGCAGAAGCGAAACCUUUCGGAAAUCGCCAAGGUGAUUGCGCAAGCAGCCUCUGGACGACUUUUCGGUGCGGAGAAUGUUUACCUCCAGCCCUUGAACAAUUAUAUAGGUGACUCGAUUCAACGGCUUGGCCAGAUUUGGGGUGACCUGAUUACUGUUCAAGAUGCGGAAGAUUACUUCGAUAUCGACGAGUUCAAUGACCUCUACGCCAAGACAAAGCCCACCUUGUACAUCAAGAUGUCCGAUAUCUUUUCCAUCCAUCAACUUGUCGCCAGCGAGAUACAAUAUAUGUGUCAAAGCCAAGAUGAUAUCCUGAAAGAAGUUAUCCGUGAUCUUGGAAACGUCAAAUCUAACGAGAACGAAUUGAUGAGCGUCAACUCCUCUGAGAUUAGUCUGACACUAAACCCUAAGCUUGCACAGGUCGAAGACCCAGAAGCCGAUGUUAAAGCUUUGUUCAUGGAAACGAAACGAUGCAUCCUGUAUAUCAUCAGAGUCCAGACAGGUGCCAACCUGUUGGAGAUCAUGGUCAAGCCACCAACCGAAGAAGAUGAGGCUAAGUGGAUGAUGCUGGUGCGCGACGAACUGAGUGCAAACAAUACUCGGCGAAGCGCAUAUGCGGAAGCCAACACGAUGGUGGAUAUCGCUUCCAUGAGCUAUUCCGAACUCAAGCGGACGGCACUUGAGAAUAUCUUGCAACUCGAACAGACCGGCAAGAUCCGCCGCGACAAUUACUAUCAGGAUCUAUUGAAUGCCAUCGCCAUAGAUAUCCGAACAAAGCACCGCCGGAGAAUCCAACGGGAGCGGGAAUUGGAUAGCGCACGAAUGACGCUCGCGCGUCUCAAUGAUCAAGCUGUCUGGCUGGAUCAGCAGCUGAAGACAUACAACGACUAUAUCGAGCAGGCCAUGAUUACUCUGCAGAAUAAGAAGGGAAAGAAGAGGUUCCUCAUGCCCUUCACCAAGCAGUGGGAUCACCAACGUGAGCUUCAAAAAUCGGGCAAGGUCUUCAAGUUCGGCUCGUACAAAUAUUCGGCCCGCAACUUGGCUGACAAGGGUGUCCUUGUGCACUGGAAAGGAUACACCGAGCGCCAAUGGGACCGCGUUGACUUGACAAUCUCGAGUAACGAAGUUGGCGUCUUCACCCUGGACGGAAGCAGUGGCCCGAUGAUGGUUCCAGGCGCCAACGCCCAGGUACCGUUGGAUGACCUGCUUCAGGCUCAGUUCAACAACAUGCAAUUCCUUGACUUCUUCGACGGACAGCUCCGGGUGAACGUCAAUCUUUUCUUGCACCUCAUCAUGAGGAAGUUCUACAACGAAUAAUCGACGACCCCUCAACAAGAUGGUUGUUUCUUUUCUUUUCUUUUCUCUCUAUAUCCUCUCUUCCCUCUUAUGCCGUUGUGAUAUCCCACUUCUUUCCUGUUAUGACAUGUUGAACAUGAAGACCGUUCGUCGAGUACGAUGCACAGAGACGAACUUCCUUAUUUUCGAUGAUUACCCCUCUUGCUAGUUGUUAUACUUUCCUUUGAUGAUAUUGAGUACAUGUCUAUUCUAUGAUGAUUUGAUGAUUCUAUGUAUGUAGCCCUUAUGCUCAGCUGUACUUAUUGCAUGCUAGACAGCCAUGAAAAGGAGCCGCGUGGC